ACAAAAACUAGUAAAAUACUAUAAACUCUCACUUGCCUCUUGUUUCCUCCGUUGACAUCUUUCAAAAUUUAAUCGGAUUGCUGAAGCUUUCGUUACUUGUUGUUGCUCAAACAAACACUACUUAAUAAUUAAAGUAGAGAUAGGUUUUAUUUUCUGGUGAAUUUUGGAUACACCAAAUGCCAUCAUCACCUACGUCGCCUCUGUGGCAAGAGAAGGCUAGUGAUUUCAUUCAAUCCUCAGGGGUCAAGCUUAAAGGAGCAGGACACUCUGCUGGGGCAUUUGUUGAGGAAGUCGCCAAGGAUGCAAAGGAGAAUGUUUCUGAUGUGGCUGGAAAGGUUGGGUCUGCAGUCAAAAGCCGUUGGGCUGUCCUGCAGCAGCCAUCAACCAGGCAAUCCAUGCAGGAACGUCUUAUUUCAGCUGCGGCCACAACAAGCAUGAUUUUGAGGAAGGGGAUAUCAGAAACGAAAGAUAAGAUGGCUGUUGGAAAAACAAAAGUGGAAGAGGUGGCAAAGAAGACUGCUGAAAAGAGCAAGAAUCUGCUGACUGAUUUUGAACGAUGGCAAAAGGGAGUUGCAAGUACUGAUGUAUUUGGGACCCCCCUUGAGCUUACUGUCCAGCACCAAGAGUCUAGUGCCCCAAUUCCUUGCAUAUUGAUGAAAUGUGCAGACUUCCUCAUAUUGUCAGGAAUGGCGAGUUACCUCAGUGGAUUAUUGUUCAAUGGGUUAAUCAUAAGAGUUCAGCGAGUUGACUCAUUGUUCUGUCUCCGGAUUAUGUCAAGUGAGACAUAUAUCAUGCUUAAAGUUUGGGGUUUUUUGAAGAGAAAACGACUGAGCUCCCAGGAGUUGUUCAAGGCACAGGGUAACAAAAAAGUCCUGCGGCAGUUAGUAUCCUUGUACAAUCAAGAUCCAAAUGCAUCACUACCUGAGGGGAUAAACCCAGUUAAUACUGCAGAACUUAUGAAGUGCUAUAUUGCAAGUCUCCCUGAGCCGUUGAUCCCCUUUGAACUGUAUAAUGAUAUCAUAAAUGCCCGCUUCAGCAUACAUCUAAUGAGAAAUACUCUCAAGAAACUGGCCACUGUUAAUUAUAUGACCCUAGAACUAAUUACUGCACUCUUACAUCGUGUUAGCCAAAAAUCUCUUCUUAACAAGAUGGAUACUCGAAGCCUUGCAGUGGAACUGGCUCCAAUCAUUAUGUGGCACAGCGGCCAGAGACCAGAGCAUUAUAAACAGAUAUGGAACCAACCAGAAAAGUGCGCUUCUAAGACAAACAUGGAUUCUGCCUCCAGCAAUAGUGUGUGGGAGAUGCUUUCAGCAGAUGAUGAAGCUGAAGAUGCAUCAUCCUCGAUUCCCCUUGAUGAUGGAAUGGCAGUAGACUUUCAUGCUAUUGAAGCUAUUCAGUGCUUAAUUGGACAUCACAGUGCAAUUUUCACAGAAUCAAGCGAAGCUGUGUGGAGAUAGUUCCCGCAACACACCUGCACAGAUUCUUUAGUGAAAAAAAUGAGGAGUUCCCUCUCUAAACAUUCAUAAGCAAUGUCAAUUUAGUGUUUGUAAAUAGGAGUAUUUUACUGUGGGAUGUUUGGUUGUAGCCAGAUCCAGGUUUUGCAGAGCUAAUAGUAGUUUGUUAGACACCA